CUAAAAUGGCUCUUUUGAUAGUUAAGGUUGCCGACCCCUGGCUUAGUACAAAAAAGUUUAGCUUAUCAUCAUGUGUAGGCAACAGCACUAUUUAAAAUGUUGGUUUAACAAAAUAUAGAUAGCUUUCUGUUAUAAAUAUGUAGGCCUUACGUACAUAGGCCUAGACUAAAAUGUAUUACAGGUUAGAAUUUAUUUGUAGAGCACAGUCUCAUACAAAAAAAAUAAGAGAAAUUGCUUCAGAGAAUGAUAAAACAGUAGAAAUCAAUCCUCAAGUGAUUCAUAGAACAUAAGUUAAAAUCAGAAAUCCACUUUGUGCCAGUGAUACAUUAUUGAUCCUGCUGAUACAGUAGCAGAGUUUACGAGCAGCAUUGAAGGCAUCUUCUGGAGCCUGCGCAUUGUCCACAUCCGGACCUGUCACGUGUCAAAACAAACGUGCUAGUGUUCCUGGCUAAAGUUUUCUCUUUUCUGCUCUGCGUUUAUCUGACUUUAUAACAUACUAUCCGACAUUCAGAUACAUGCAACAGUUUCAGUAGUUAACCUCAGACACGUUCAUUAAAAACAACACAGUGGUUCUAUACAGGACUCCUCAGGAUCAAUGGCGUCCUGUGUAACAGAGCUCAUCACAUGUUGUUCCAACAUCCUUCUGUCUGCCACAGCAUUGUACUCUUCUUACAGACUCUUUAAGGAUCACAGGGCUCCUUCAGUAGGCCUCCUCCUGCUUGGACUCUCUGCAGCACUUAACAUCUUGCACCCCUCCAGCAGCUCCUACCUCGCCUCUAUCCAGAGAGAAGCAGAGUGGGCCAGCGAGGUUUUGGCUCCAGCGCUGGUCUCCUUCGACUUCCUGUGGCUCAGUGAAGACCACAACACGGCACAUAUUCUCCUGUGUGGCUCCUGUCUGCUGCUGGGACUGUGUGACUGGCUCUCAGGAGAUGCUCUCACACUGAUGACACGCUGCCUCGGUUUGUCUUCCCUGUCCUGCUGCCUGACGGUGUGUCUGUUUGCCGGUAAUGCUUUAGGGGGCUUUGGCGGGGUGGCACUCAGCCUCCCGUUGCUCGUGGCUCAGAGGGUCAGAACAGACACUUUUGCUCCGCUCAUUUCUCCAGCUGCAACUGAGGGACUCAUCAAGUGGCUGUUAAAGGGCUCCAUGUCUGUUGGCUGUUGGGCCUCCACACGGGCCCUCAGCAAGUUUCUGUUGGACGUGACUGACCAUUUAGUAAAUCAGUUGACAUGAUUAGUCAGGAUCUGUGUAUAUUAAUGGUCUGUCAAGUGGUACAGAGUGACAAAACUGACCUAUGCAAAUCUAAUGUGCCUAACUUAAAACAUUUCAGGACAUUUUUGAGGAAGAUUUGAGUUGAGCUGCAUCACUAUAUUGCCGUUGCCAUUAGAACAAACAUUGUUAGGAAUUUGCCUUAAUGAGCUCAUAGUGUAACAGAACAGACAGCACAACAUACCACUAUAAACAUAAGUAACAUAUUAAAAUACAUUUAUAUUUUAACGUAAGUUUCCAGUAGUGCUGAACUGAACAGUUGAUUAAUUGAUUUGUGAAUCGUCAGGAAAAAAAAGGCAAUAAUUUAAAUUAUUUUGAAAAAAUGCCACAUAAUAGCUGAUUCCAGCUUCUCAAAUGUGAGGAUAUUCAGUUUUUCCUCUGUGUUACGUCAUUAUUAUUAUUAUUAUUAUAAAAUUACAGGCAUUCUUAACAUUUUUGUAUGCCUUGUAGAUGACUUGAUUAUUUAAUGAAUAUAAAAUAAUCAAUAGAUUAAUCAAAAAAGGGAAAACAUGUUAGUUGCAGUAUUAGUUACUAAAUUGGAGGUCACAUGCACUACAGAAUAACAUGCUUUUAUAUUUUAUAUGGAUGUUUCAGGACAGAAUACAAGCAGUUGUUAUUGAGCGAAAACAUUGGGGCUGAGAUGUAUGGAAAAAUGAAUAUGAUGAUUGCUGCUUUUCAUACAGUAUCACACUUUGUGUUUAAAAGUGAAAAAGUCAAAUCUUCUACAUGGUAAUGAAAAGUCAAACUGGAGCUGUAAUUUCCCAAGUAGUACCAAUGAAGUCCCAUAUUGUGUGUGUUACUGUAAUUUGCAUAUCUGCUAAGCAUACACCUUGGCUGAACUGAAUUUGAAUAUAAAAGCACAAGAUUAGACAAGACACAGAUACCACUGAACAAACUCAUUUGCAUGAGAGUACAUGACCACAUUUACAACUGAUGUUCCCACUGGGGCAUUCUGCCUCACUGUGAUGCAGCAAUAUCCUUUUUCAGACAUAUUGAGUGCGCUGCUGGCAUUUAUUAUACUGUUCAAUUUGAAUAUGAUGCAGCCAGCAUGUGGGCGUUUUAAUUUGAUCUUUUUUCCAAGAAUUUCCACUGACAUCCUCCGGCACAUCUCUCUAACACUUUGUGUUGUAGAUUCCAAAAACAUCCAGCUGCCUCAGAGUCCUAUUUGUUCUGCAGCCUCAGCAGUAUCACUAUUUCAAUAUCUGCAGUGGUCUAAGCUCUUACCUCAUCAUGCCCAUUUGAUACUUAUCAAUGCACUUUUUUGUAUUACCUCUUUGGUUUUUAGUGGCUGUAAUGUUAACAGGAAUGACCUCAUCUGUGAAAAUCUUUGUCCACAGUCUUGUCCUUGCCAGAUAUUCAUAUUCUUUCCAUAGAUUUGUAGUGGACACUGCAGAUUCUCUCUCAGGAUUUCAGAGUUGUGAGCAGCGGCCUCAGCAGUUUUACUGCAGUAUAACGACAAGUAUCUGUGGCCUGUGUUCCUGUUUGUGGGACAAUGGCUUUUUGUCAGACCUGCCGGGCACAGGUGACCAGGGACAUUUACAAGGCAUUUAAUCAUUUUGUACACACUUGUGAGCUAGGGGUGCCAGAAUGAUUGUGGUGCUUGUGCUUUUUUCUAAUGAUUCAUCAUUGAGUUCAUGUUGUGUUUUAAAAAUGUCACUACUUUUAUUUAUUCUUUUAUGUAAUUGCUUUUUGCACACAAAAAUUGUGAAUAUACACUACAAGAAGAUUGAGUUGACUUAAAUAAAUAAUGUAAAUGUUUAUCAAAAAAUCACUCCUGUCAUGUAAUUUCACAUUGCAUUUCAAAGAUCUCUUGGCUCAUGUUCAAGUGUUCAGCUGUUUUAGAGUCCUUGCAAACAUCUCAGUAUAUAUGUUGCAGUUUCUGAUCUCUAUGAGCACCUGGAAACCUGGCACAUCUCCUCCAACCUCUGUGUCUGGCCGCUGGUAUCAGCAUCACCCGGCUCAAUCUGUCUCCAUACCGAAUCUGUCAUUCCACCACUGCAGCGGAUCAGGAAACUGCACUGAGCAUGCUCGCGGCAGAUGCAGCCUCUAGAUGGAGCAAAGUGGAGAGGAGGAGAAAGGGGGAGGAGAGAGAACGGCAGAAAGGGAGUCACACAGGAGCUGGGAUGCUGUUGCAGCUCUGAGAACAAGGGCUGCAUGGGAAGCUUUGUCAUUGACAGCACAGAUGGAGUGUGAAAGGGGAAUACAAAUGACUGGGAUGUCAGAUCUUCAUCAUCAAAGAGGACAAGAUAUGUGAUAAGACUUGAGUGUUGCAGUAAUAUCAGGGGACUCUUGGGCGGCGUAGAGAUGUACGCCUUCUACUCCCUUUUAGUCUACAUCUUCUACACUGUCUUUAAGAAGGAGGAGGAGGAUGAAGCGUUGGAGGGAUCUUCCUCAGACGAGCCAGGACCUGUUUCCAUGGAAACAGGGAGCAGGAGGAGAGAUGGCCACACCUCCAAAAAGGGAAAAAAGGCUUAUGUUCGGCAUGGUGAAUCCAGCAGUAGCAGUGACAGUGAUGAAGUGUCUCUGAGUGAUGAAGGUGAGGAGGAUGGCCCAGACAUCCCAGCAUGCACUCCUCUGGCUGCUUUUCUGUCCUUCAAGCAGGAGACUGAGAAGAGGAGGGCCUCACAGGUGCAGCUGGAAACAACAGCAAAGUUGACGGAGUCUCCCCUGGUGGCGGUGAUGUCCCACUUGCUGACUUUUCUGGAGCAGUACUCCCACUUCCAGCAGCUGCAGCAGCAGGCCGACCAGUACCGCGUCCAGCUGAAGAGGCACCGCAUCCAGCACCGACGGCAGAUGAAGGCCCUGCGAGCCUCCUACCGCCAGCGCCUCAGGGACAAGAGCAGCAUCAUCAGCAGCCUAGAGGAGGCCAUCAGCCAGCAGCAGACCCCCAGUCCACUGAGCGAGGGUGAGUCCAGCAGUGAUGCAGGGACCCAACCCGGGGUCCACAGGCUAGUUGAGUCUCUGUACGGUCUGCAGGGUGAGAGGAGUAAGCUGAGAGGAGAACUCCGCCUGCUGCACUCACAGCUGGAGCAGAAGGAAAAGGACAGACACUCUCGUAUACAGGCCUUUCACCAGCAGAUCGAUGAGCUCAAGGGUUGCAUAGAGGAGCGCGAGGAGGAGCUGUCAAGACUGAGAACAGCCACCGGGGCCACAGACUCGGAGAAGCGGGUUCUGUGUCUGUCAGCAGAGAACGAGAGUCUGAAGCAGAACCUGAGCGUCACCCAAGGCCUCCUGCAGCAGCUGUCAGCCAUCCCGUCCCAGUCCAGCACCAUGCUCAUCAAGGAGAAUGAAAGCCUCCGCAGCAGAGUGCAGCAGCUGGAGAUGUCCCUACAGCAGCGUGCUGAUCAGCUUUCACAUCUGGAGCGACAGAGCGAACAAAGCGAGUGGAGGAGAGGAGAGGAGUUGAGGAAACGAGAGGACCGAGUGAGGGAGCUGCAGCUGGAGUUGGAUAGAGAGAGAGGGAAGGAGCCAGCGGUGAAGUAUGUCACCCAGACUGUGGAGGUGGAAUCACCGGCCACACUAAAGCAGCUGACCAAAGCCAGACAGAGGAACGAGCUGUUGUCUGAUAAGCUGUCCAAUCAGAAUGAGCGGUGCAAACAGCUGGAGGAACACAUCAGGAAGUCCGAUGAAUACAGCUGUAAUCUGCAGCACAAGAUUGCAGCGUAUGAGCUAGAAAUCAGUAAACUGAGGGAGGAGCUGUUAAAAGAGAUCGGCCACUUGGAGGAGAGGAAGGAGGAGGCUGUGAAGGCUGCAGCCACCUGCUCUGCCGAGCACUUUCAGAACCUGCAGGACCAGUUUUUCAGCUUGCAGAAACGUCUGACAGCACUCCCUCCAACUUUACGCUCCAUGAAAACCGACUACACCAGUCUGAGGAGUCAGGUUCGAAACUUCUCGGACUUUUACGGAGCAGCCAUCAGUGAUGCAAAGAAACAGAUUACAGCAGCUCUCAGUGAGAUGUCUGAAGCCAACAAAGACCUCCUGGAGAAAUAUAGGAAGGAGGUGGCACUGCGCAGGAAGUACCACGAGCAGCUGGUGGAGCUUAAGGGAAACAUCCGGGUGCUGUGUCGUGUGAAGCCUGUGCUGAAGGAGGACCAGCAUGAGGAGGGCCAGUCUGUGGUGGUGACGACGGACCCCAACAACGAGUCCUCGCUCACUGUGCUGAACAAAGGAAAGGGUCGCAUCUUUGAACUGGACAAGGUCUUCCACCCUCAGGCGUCACAGGAAGAGGUCUUUCAGGAGAUUGAGCCUCUUGUGACGUCCUGCAUCGAUGGCUACCAGGUCUGCAUAUUUGCCUAUGGACAGACUGGCUCUGGAAAAACCCACACAAUGGAGGGCAGUGUGGAGAACCCAGGCAUCAACCAGCGAGCCCUGAAACAUCUCUUCAGUGAGAUCGAGGAGAGGAAGGACAUGUGGUCUUACACGGUCACCGUCAGCUCUGUGGAGAUCUACAACGAGGUGCUAAGAGACCUGCUGAGUAAGGACGGGGAGAAACUGGACAUUAAGAUCAACCCGGACGGGACAGGACAGCUGCAUGUGCCGGGCCUCAGGGUCAUCGAAGUGAAGAGCUUUCAGCACAUCAAGAAGAUUUUAGCCACAGCCCGAAGGAACAGGAUCACCUUCGGCACUCAGAUGAACCAGCACAGCUCCCGCUCCCACGCUCUGCUCUGCAUCACCGUUCAGGGAACUGACCUCGCCACCGGCUCCAAAACCACCGGCAAGUUGAACCUGGUGGACCUGGCUGGCUCAGAGAGGGUGUGGAAGUCUGGUGCAGAGGGUGAGAGGCUGAAAGAGGCCCAGAACAUCAACCGCUCCCUGCUGUCACUGGGGGACGUCAUUCAGGCACUGAGAGCUCGGCAGACUCACAUCCCUUUCAGGAACUCCCGCCUUACGUACUUAUUACAAGACUCCCUGGGCAAAGGCAGCAAGACUGUCAUGGUGGUGCAGGUGUCUGCUCUGGAUAGUAAUGUGGGAGAGACAUUGUGCUCACUGAAGUUUGCCCAGAGGGUGUGCAAGGUGGAGCUGGGUCCUGCAGCCAGGAAGAUCGAAUCUGGUGGAGGACAGUGCGACUGACAGCCCUGUUCCCAGUGAUUACCAGGAAGCCAUGAAUGCACCAGUCAGAUUAUCACACCCUACCAAACAACCAACCAUAACGCUACAGUAUCAACAAAAUCAACAGCAAUCCUGCUCAAGGGCUAAAUCUGUGUGGCACCAUAAUGCCAGCCUCGGAUUGAGGUUCGGUAUUGAGGCCACCUCUUUGCCAUUUUCUGCUUCUGACGAGUGAUAACCUGUCAUCAUCAUCAGCUAAUCUGCAUGCAGGAGUAUUUAUUCUUCCACUCUGAGAGCCGAAACAACCUCCGACUCCCCCAAGGUCUAAGAUUAGAUGCUUCCUUGAACUACAAUAUCAGUUUCCUUUUAUUAAAUACCAAAAUCCAGGAUUUAUCUUAUCGGCUUUUCUCGCUGAUCAUCACAGUGUUUAGAGCAGCAUCACGUUCAACAAGCUUCCAGAGCCACAAUAUCAACACCUCCGUUUUUUGCAGUAUUAAUCAUGUUGCUAUAAAUGUCUGUGGUUUGUGAGCUUCAUCUCCAAUGUUGUAUAUUUUUGAAGACUGCAGUGUGUAGGAGAAUCUGUUUUGUAGUCAAAGUAUGGGCUAUUAAUCAUUUCAAUGACACUUAAGUCACAUAUUAGUGUAGUUUUUGUGAACUUUGGAAGAGCAGUGACUGAAUGCUUUCUCUCUUUCUCUUUAGAGCCUUUUGAGAACAGAGGAAAGCUGUUGAAGGGAGCAGGUGGCCUUGUAUUAAGAAGAGUGGUAAUAUAAUGAACGGUGCAAUACCCUCCUAAUCGAGGAGACAGUUUGGGCCUACGGAGACGAUAGAAGAUGCACUUUAUUGUGAAAGAAUAGGAGCGUUUCAGUUCAGAACAGGUAUUUAGGUGCUUGCAAUAGAUAUCACCAGUGAAUGUCAUACCAAAAACAGCUUAUUGUUAUCUGUUCAUCAUAUUUAUCACCCUUUGGAUCAAAGAUAAGUUGAUUCAAUAGUAGCAAGACAUUAAUUAAUGUUGCAGUAACUACCAUGAGUGCUUAGGGGUCACUUGAUGAUGACUAGAGAGUGAAUUUUCAGAUACUUUUCUGAAUAAAUAUGAUGUAUUUAAAAA